UACUCACCAUUUAGUAAGUCAAACAUUCAAAUCCUUCUUCAAGUGUCCAAAAAAACAAAAACAAUAUUAUGGCUAUCAUUUUCCUUCUCUUCCUUAUUGUCUCCUCUGUUACAGCCUGUGAUCGCUGUGUUCAUCAAUCCAAAGUUGCUUACUUUUCUAGUGCUUCUGCCCUUCAGUCUGGUGCGUGUGGUUAUGGAAAUUUGGCAAUAGGCUUUUAUGGGGGCCGCCUUGCUGCUGCUAUUCCUAGCCUUCACAAAGAUGGUGCUGGUUGUGGUGCUUGUUAUCAGAUGAGAUGCAAGGACCCAAAAAUAUGUUCAAAAGAGGGCACAACUGUAAUUGUAACUGAUCUAAAUACCAAUAACAAGACUGAUUUUGUGAUAAGUAGCAGAGCUUUUAUGGCUAUGGCCAAUCCAGGAAAAGCUAAAGACGUUCUCAAAUUGGGCAUUGCUGACGUGGAAUACAAAAGAGUUCCUUGUGAUUACAAAGGCAAGAAUUUGGCUAUUCGAGUAGAAGAAUCAAGCCAGAAACCACAUUAUCUAGCAAUUAGCUUCUUGUACCAAGGUGGUCAAACUGAAAUUGUUGGUGUUGAUGUAGCUCAGGUUGGAUCGUCGAGCUGGAACUUCAUGACCCGAAACCACGGAGCAAUUUGGGACACAAGCAGAGUGCCAAGUGGGGCAUUGCAAUUUAGGUUUGUGGUGACAGCAGGGUAUGAUGGCAAAUGGAAUUGGGCAAAAUCAGUGUUGCCAGCAAAUUGGAAAAAUGGAGAGAUUUAUGACAGUGGACUUCAGAUUACUGACAUUGCUCAAGAGGGUUGUUUUCCAUGUGAUGAUGGAAACUGGAAACUUCAUUAGUUUUUUUCUUCUUAACUGUAACAAUCCGUGUGAAUACACGUACUAAAAUCACAAAGAAUAUAUAAUAAUAUUGUAGAUUGAUGCAGUUUGAGUAGACAUAUAGAGAUAUUUAAAUUCUUAGACGAUUUCCGAUUCUUUCUUCUUUUUAAGUCAUAUUAAUAUUGUAACGUUAAAGUUAUCCUUCUUAUUUAUAUAACAGCACAUUCUUUCGGCCAA